AUAGUUAGAAUUGCGUACCGAUUUUCAUGUCAACAAUCUGUUGCAAAGCGUCACUGUCUCAGUUCAUGGCUAGUUUACGUCUCCGAAUAUCUCGUUAUUCACCUAUACUGGCUUUCAAAACCGCUGUAUCCUUACAAUUCUUCAAGUUGCGAUCGAGUUGAAGUAUUUCUCGGAUGUAAACUGAAUAGUUACUGUUCACCCGGCGUAUACCUCACAAGAUGGAAGAUUCGACACUCAAUGCGAGACCCCAGCUUUUAGUUGGCCCUGAUGUCUUGCACGAACUUGUCAAUAAACAAUGUCCCUCAGAUCACUGUGCAAUCGAUUUCCUGAACGACGAUAGGACUAGAAGACGCUACACAUAUCAGACUCUACGGGACCAGAGCAAGACAUGGGCACAUCAUCUAAUACGGCAUUUCGAGCGCACAUCAGCCGGGUCCAGACCUACCGUGCCUGUGCUCAUGCCCCAAGGGCCUGAGCUGUACAUCACAUUACUAGCCAUACUCAGAGCUGGAGGAAGCUUUUGCACUCUGAGUAUUGACGCACCUGCUGAGCGCAUCAAAUUCAUCGUCAAAGAUGUACAUGCUCGUUUGCUAUUGACAAUAGAGUCUUAUAGAACCAAGCUUACGGCACUUGACGAGGUCGAUGUCAUUGCUCUUGGCUUCGAUGAGGAGGACUCGCAUGUAGAUGUCAAGUCUGUGUUACCUACUGUGAAGUCUACAGACCUGGCCUAUGUCAUGUACACUUCAGGAUCAACGGGCACGCCGAAAGGCGUGGGGAUCCCCCAUGGUGCAGUAUGCCAGAGUCUGCUUGCACAUGAGCGACACAUUCCACGGUUUUCCCGGUUUCUCCAAUUCGCAGCACCGACGUUCGACGUAUCGGUCUUUGAGAUAUUCUUCCCGUUCUUGCGGGGCUCUACCUUGGUUGCGUGUGAUAGAUAUUCCUUGUUAGACGACUUACCAGGAAUUAUGCGACUGAUGGAUGUAGAUGCGGCGGAGUUGACUCCAACGGUCGCAGGUACGCUUCUCCAAACGCGAGCAGCUGUCCCGCAGCUGAAAUUGCUAUUGACAAUCGGUGAGAUGCUCACUCCACACGUCAUCAACGAAUUUGGAGCUGGUGAAGCUCGAGAUAGUAUACUUUGGGGAAUGUAUGGCCCAACGGAAUGCUCCAUACACUGCACACUGCAGCCUGCAUUUAACUCCGAGGACCAAGUCGGUAAUAUAGGAUACCCACUCGACUCAGUCUCUGCUUUCAUCAUUGCUCCUGUGUCAGCAACUCAUCAUCCUGAGACUUUUAAGAUUCUGCCCCUUGGCGAAACAGGCGAGCUUGCGAUUGGAGGUCAUCAGCUUGCUGUUGGAUAUCUUAAUCGCCAGGAACAAACGAGUUCUGCAUUUAUCAAUACUGAGAAUUACGGAACAGUCUAUCGAACAGGCGACAAGGCAAAAAUUCGGAACGAUGGACGAAUUGAAUGUUUUGGCAGGCUCAGCAGCGGUCAGAUCAAACUCAGAGGACAAAGAGUCGAAUUGGGCGAGAUCGAACAAGCUGCUCUCCAGGCCAGUCACUGCCGCACCGCAGUCGCAUGUGUAGUAUCUGGAGUUCUCGUCCUCUUCUGUCUGGUGUACACAGAAGUCAGUCGAGAACAGAUCAUAGAGUGUUGUCGGCGGUGGCUUCCAGAAUUCAUGGUUCCGGGAGACAUUGUAUUUGUCAAAGACUUGCCUCAGCUUCCUUCUGGAAAGGUCGAUCGGAACGCACUUGAGCACAGAUAUAUCGAACAAAGACGGCAUAUGCAUAUCGUUGAGUCUGAAGAGGAGGAAAAUAUAGAUAGCGUGAUCCUUGAAUGCGUCCUCGGACACUGCCAAAAGGUUCUAGGAGAUCACGUCGGGCUGUCUACUCCUCUAGUGUCUGCGGGUGUCGAUUCCCUUAAUGCUAUUAGACUUUCCUCAUCUUUGCGGUCGGCUGGGUUCAAGAUAGGGAUGACCGAUGUCCUAGAAGCGGAGAAUGUUAAAAGUCUGGUACUGUAUCUGGAGUCCUCGUCAAAACCAAUUUCAGAUGAGGCCGUCCAACAACAAUCGAGAGCUCAGGCGACACUACACUCUUUCCUCGGACGAGGUAUCCUGAGCAAGAACAAGAACAAAGUACAAGACAUUCUACCAUGCACGCCUUUGCAGGAGGCCAUGUUGUCUGAAACUGCUGUCGAUUCGGUCCGGUACUGCAAUUGGGUCGAGCUUGAAUUCACUCGAGAGCACAAUAUCUUUGCUAUACGCAACGCCAUCGAGAGACUUAUUGAUGAAAGUGAGGUACUUCGCACUGGAUUCUACCAUGAUAACGAACUACGUUCAUUCGUACAAGUGAUCUGGCAGCCUUCUGUGAAACCUCGCAUUACGACCGUGCCAUCGUUCGACCGCGAAUACUCCCUAGGUACACCUCAGAAGCUUUUGCAACCACUAGCAGUCCAGAUAUGUACGACCAAAUCUCCACCGAGGGUGCUCCUACAGCUUCCACAUCAUAUCUAUGAUGGAUGGUCAUUGGAGCUGAUGUUGCAGGAUCUCAGCAGCUACCUACGCGGGGAGGCUAAGGCUAAGAGAACGCAGUACAGCCAAGUGACAAAAUAUUUGACAAUGGAAGACCGCACUGCCGAAAUGGAGAUAGCUAGUUCAUUUUGGUGUAUCGAACUCCAUGGUUUUCGGCCCAGACCGCUUCCGACGUUGUGUAUCUCAGAUCCAGGAAACCGGAAAGCUUGCGUUUCAUGGAGAAUUCUGAGCAGCACUUAUCCUAAAGCUCGAAAAGCAGCUCAAAAGAUGAAUAUCAGUCCACAGGUCUACUUUCAAGUUGCUUUGUCCUGCCUAAUCGGUGCGUACAUCGGAUCGCCGGAAGUGACUAUCGGUCUUGUCACGUCCGGUCGAAGCCUCGCCUUGUCAGGAAUCGAGUCAACAGUUGGUCCAUGUAUUGCAACACUUCCUUUGCGGAUGCAACUGGGUCAUUCACAAGAGAUACAACAAGUCCUGUCUGAUGUUCACACCCUGAAUCGAAGAGCAGUCAAGCAUUGUUUGCUCCCGCUACGAGAUAUCAAAAAAAUCGCCAAUGUUCCGCUUGGAAAUACAAUGUUUGAUGUUGUCUUUGCAUGGCAGCAGACUACUCAGACAUACGAAGAUCUCGAGCGGCUUACCGUCAAACAGAUCAAGAGCGCUGACUACCUUGAAUCUAAACUCAUGAUUGAGAUCGAACCAAGCACUGAACAAAUCACAGCCCGUGCCACUUUCGAUCCGAAUGCUCUGUCUAGAUCCGUUGUUGAGACUCUUUUACUGCAAAUUGAUUCACUUUCAGAGUUCUUCAUGGAUUGCCCCAACCGGCAAUUGAACAAUAUUACAGAGUCUCUAAGCCAAGAUUGUUUGUCUGUCGUUGCAUCACGCAAAGCUUUCAUACCUUUAUCACUUGUUCCACCUCUCGAACAGACUGUGAAAAAUAUGGCCAUUCUAAUAAUGCGACCACAAUCCGAUCUUUUGAUACCAAAAGGGGCACUUGGAGAAAUUGUAUUCUCUCCGCAUCAAGAUAGUGUUCUACUUGCCGCAACUAGAAAGCUUACGACUGAGUCUCAGAAACUGAUACGUAGUGGUCAAUAUGGCAGAAUACUUGGUGCCGGUCACGUACAAGUCAUCGGUCCUAUAGCCGAGAUCGAGUCGCAAUCGAAAGAGAUUGAGAUCAGCCACCCGCCCGAGACUGCGAAUGAUACCGGCAACUGGACCAGAGGAGAGAAAUUAGUGGCGGCAGCGCUCGCAGAAUCACUCGAUAUUCCUGUGUCCAUCAUUAAGAAGGCCCUGCCCUUUGCUCGGUACGGUCUGGACUCUCUUAUCGCGAUCUCGAUGUCAAGAAUUUUGAAACGCCUCACUGGAUAUCAUGUGCCUGUCUCGCUGAUUCUACAGAACCCGACGACUGUUGCAUUAGCGUCACGAAUUUCAAAAGACCCAGAGGAAAUAGAACAACGUUCUAAGACCCGUGUUCACGAUUUACAAAAUAUAUUUUCCAAGGAAAUAAUAGACUGUAUCUCCCUACAGUCAAGAAAGAAAGGCUUGGAACUUGCAAAAAUUCUGCCAUGUACACCUUUACAGGAGGCAAUGCUUUCAGCUGAAAUCAGUUCUACGUCUAUCACAUACGUUAACAGAAUGCUGUUCCAAGUGCAAGGGGAUUUGGGUCGACUCCAGCAUGCGUGGGAAAGGGUCUGCGAAAGGCACGAAAUUUUACGUACAUGCUUCGUGCCGACCGACGACCCUCGUUUUACGUACGCCCAGGUUGUACUUAAAAACAUUUCAGCAGUAUGGAUAACUGAAGAUACGGAAGAGGAUUUACUGCCGUCCAGGGUUGAAAAGCAUGCUCAAAGCUUCGCUAAGUCCAUCCCAGACUCUACAGGACCACCUUUGAAAUUUACUUCUUUCAUCACGCCUACUACCACAUAUAUGUUAUUCUGCUGCCAUCAUGCUAUCUAUGAUGCAGAGGCAAUGUCUAUAGUACUAUCCGACGUUCAAGAUAUAUACAAUGGCCUAUUGUUAUCGUCGCCGAUAUCAUAUGAACUAUUCUUGAAGGACAUGGUAUCUACAGAUAUGGAGGGAGCAGAUGAGUUCUGGUCUAGAGUUCUUGCAAACUUUGAGCCCACUGCGUUUCCUUACUUGAAUGGAAAGUCGGCCAACUGGAGGAAAACUAAAAAUAUGAAGGCAAUGGUGGUUGUAGAUCUGGAUGUCUCACUUGAUGAAGUCACGCACGGCUGUAAAGGCUCAUCAGUAUCACUUUUAUCCGCAACUCAAGCUGCCUGGGCAAAAAUGCUUCAAAGUAUACUCGGCGAGCAAGACGUUUGUUUCGGGAGUGUUUUCAGUGGUCGCACAACUAGCUCAGAUGACCUUGAUCGACUUGCGGCUCCUUGCUUCAACACCUUGCCCAUUCGAGCGGACAUGUCGUUGAACACCCAGAAUAUCGACUUAAUGCGCAGUCUAAGUAAUCACAACGUAGAAGUCCUUCCUUAUCAGUUGACUCCACUACGACGUAUUCAGUCGGUCAUCGGAGUAACCGGACAGCAACUCUUUGACACACUUUUUAUACUGCAACGACCGCCCAAAAAACUGGAUGAUCGAAUAUGGAAGCUUAUCGAGGAUGUAGGAUCUAUGGACUUCCCGCUUGUUGGUGAAGUCGUCCCAAGUCCAGCUACAGGCACUGUCACGCUCACGGUCCAUUACGACACGUCAUAUAUUUCGGAUCGUGAUGCUCGUGUGUUGGCUAAAGUGUACACUGCAGCUCUGCGAUCGUGUAUCACUAACCCUUCAGCAUCGACUGUUGAAUUCUUAGGACUGUGCUCAGGCUCACUGUCCAUAAGUAACCCUGAACCAUGUAUCCUUGAACAGGAAGAACAUCGAGGUUUACAAUCCGCGUUUGAGGAUCAAGCAAGGCUCUGUCCAACAGCUACGGCGCUUUCUUUCUCUUGGGCUGACAAGAAAUUCCAGACUUGGACUUUUGAUGAACUAAAUGGUAUCGCUAACUCAAUAGCCGAAGCUUUACUUCGUCUAAACGUUCGCAUUGGAGACGCUGUGCCAAUUCACGCUCCGAAGUCACCCAUGUUCUAUGCCAGUGUCCUUGGUAUUCUGAAGGCUGGAGCCGCCUUUACGCCCAUCGACCCUGAUCUACCCCCAUCACGGAAGCAGUAUAUGAUUGAUGAACUUGGAGCAAGGAUCAUGAUCUGCGACACUGAAUCACCUCCUGGAUGUCCUCCAGAAAUCACAUGUCUGACAUUGUCGCAACCUCUCAAACCAUCAUCUCAUAAUCCAAAAGUCGAUGGGUUUCAUAGUGGAUGCUUAGCGUAUCGAUUAUACACCUCCGGGUCGACUGGAAAGCCCAAAGCAGUUAGUAUGGAGCAUAAAAGUCCCAUGCAUACUAUUGAAAGCUCAAAAGAUAUCAUUCCAUGGGACCAGAAUUCGAGGUUACUUCAAUAUGCUGCCACUACGUUCGACAUGUGUUACUACGAUUGCUUCUUGGCCUGGUCUUUCGGGUUCUGCUUGUAUGCCGCAGAGCAGACUCUUUUGCUCAACAGCUUGAUCGAAGUGAUCGAAGAUAAUCAGAUCACGCUUCUAGAUUUGACACCUUCAGUAGCUAGAAUACUGAAACCGUCGUUUGUUCCCUCGGUAAAGUAUUUAUACUGUAUCGGCGAGCCUAUGGCUCAAGAGAUAGUCGAUCGGUGGCCUGGAAAAUGCGUCAACUCCUAUGGUCCUACAGAAGCGGCAUUCUGUUCCACAAUACAGCUAAUGGAUAAGGAGACCAGCCCGGCUGUGAUCGGCAAGCCUUUUCCCUCGGUGUCGUUCUACCUCUACUCUCCCUUAGGCCAUUUUGAUGUACCAAUUCUUGGUGCUGGUGAGCUUUACUUAGGGGGCCCUCAAAUUGCACGAGAGUACCAUGCCAACGUCGACUUGACACAAAGGCACUUCAUUCAGGUUGAUGGUCAAAAGCUGUACAAGACUGGUGAUUUGGUUCGUAUGCUCACCGAUGGAACCUUUGAAUUUAUUGGCCGAAACGAUGAUCAAAUUAAGAUGCGGGGGCUACGUAUAGAACUGGAAGAGAUCACAACUGUCAUCGAACAAGCCCACCCAGACAUCAAAUCUGUCACAACACAAGUUCUAAGAACCUCUGAAGAUAACAAAGGCCAGCUUGUCUCAUUCAUUCAGCCCAACAUCAGCACAGUUGAUCAGACUAGUGACGCCAUAAUUGAAGCCGCCAAGCGAUCUGCUAAGAGACAGCUGCCAUCCUACAUGGUGCCCUCAUUUUUCCUUUCCAUUGAAAACUUUCCCCUAUCAGCUGCUGGAAAAUUAGACAAGAAGGCUUUGAGCAUGAUAUUGCAUCGGAACAUCCAGCAAUCUUCAGACAAAACAGAGAAUGUGGAGAGAGUCUGGACGCCACUUCAGUUAGAGCUUCGAAAGACUCUAGCUGCACUUGCUAGAACCCCAUUGGCUAAAGUGUCACAUGAUACGUCUAUCUAUCAGCUCGGCCUUGAUAGUAUCAAUGCUGUGCAAAUUGCAUCCAAGCUUCGUAAGAUAGGCUUCAAUGUUCUUGCGGAGCAUGUGCUUCGACAUCCAACUUGUGACUCGCUGUCUAUAUUCUUAGAAGAUCAUGGUGGCAGCAAAGGGUAUGCAAAGCAUCAUGAGGGAUUUGAUUUUCGAAGUUUCGAUGGUGAGUGUCGCCGGUCACUGAGAUCUUCCACUCGGAUCAACACGAACGACUUUGUCGUAAUCCGCCCCUGUACUCCGCUACAAAAUGGUCUGCUUGCCAAGUUCAUCCAGUCAGAUGGUGAACUCUACUUGAAUAGGUUUACGCUGCUCCUGGAUCCCCAAAUUAGCGUGAGUCAGACUAGGGAAGCCUGGUCAACAGUAUGCCAGAAUCACGAGAUGCUACGUGUUGGCUUUAUCAAUCUACAAGUUGCCGGAAGUCAAUUCUGUAUGGUCAGCUACAAAGAGACGGCUGUGGAAUCAAAUCUCAGAUUUUUUGAGGGGGUUUCCUGGUCGGAAACCAAUUUCAGAGAAUGGCAAGCAAGCUGCUCAAACGACAUACUCCAAAGUCUCCACUUACCACCAUGGCGCAUAGUAGCGGUGGAAACCGAAGGUCGGGUCAUGGUUUCCAUGUCGAUUCUACAUGCACUAUACGAUGCACAAAGCUUCAAUGCCAUCAUGGAUAGUUUUGCUAAGACUCUUCAGUCCCAGAGACUAGCUCCAGAAUUACCUAUUGAGCCAGUUCUGAGUGAUAUCAUACAGGCUAGCAAGAUAAAUGAAGCAGCAAAGUCCUUCUGGAAAAACACACGAGACAGGAUUUUUAUCAACCGCUUCCCGAAUCUACAUCCAGUUCAAGUUAGCAGUUCUGGAAAACAGGUGCUCGUAGAACUCGCUUCUACUACGCUUACUGAUUUAGAACAUGACUGUCGACAUGCAAAUAUCACUCUUCAAGCGGCAGCGCAGGCAGCGUGGGCUCGUAUCUUGGCAGCAUACACUGGAGAGCAAGCGGUAACAUUCGGCGUAGUACUUUCAGGUCGAUCAUCACACGAAUCCGAGGAAGCUGUAUUCCCGUGUUUCACAACUGUGCCGAUCACUAUUCGGAACCACAAUAGCAAUCGCGAGCUACUACAAGUAAUGAUGGAUACAAAUGUGGCAGUCCGAGAGCAUCAGUUCACACCUCUGAGUGACAUUCAAAGGCUGACAGGCUAUCCAAACGAACCGUUGUUUGAUACUAUUUUCGCGUAUCAAAAGCUUUCUAAAAUUUCAGACGUAAGGUACUCUUGGAAAUUAGAAGUAGAAGAGGCUAAAGACGAUCAUGCUAUCUCGAUAGAAUUGGAGCCGAACACGGAAAAUCGGCUUCAAUAUCGGUUGACUUAUGAUGCGAGCUUGCUACCAGAUGAACAAGCAGCAAUUCUUAUACAACAGCUUGAUACCGUACUGACUGACCUAGUCAAACUACCAGACGGGAACGCUGACGAUUCAUAUAAAAGAAACCUGCACCUGUAUUCUAUUACACCUGCCAAAAACAUCGUGAUACCGUCCAGUGUCCAACUGCUGCACCAAUUCGUGGAGCGAAGUGCGCUUGAACAUCCAAAACGAAUCGCAUUGGAAUUUGCGAUAGGUUUUGAUGAAACAGAACCACGAUCAGAACUAUGGACAUAUGAGGAUCUGGACCGCCUUGGGAAUAAGAUUGCAAAUAUGCUGGUAGACAGAGGUACCAUACCGGGAAAUCUCAUAGCUAUAUGUUUCGAUAAGUGUCCCGAGGCAUAUUUCUCGAUCCUGGGCAUCUUGAAGGCCGGGUGUGCCUAUGUUGCCAUUGAUCCCACUGCACCAGCAGCACGAAAGAUGUUCAUCUAUGAAGAUUCCGGAGCACAGUUGUUUUUGUCUACCCGAACACUCUCUCAAGAUUUCAUUCUUGAUAGACCAGGAACACUCAUCAAUAUGGAUGAUACUGAUCUGAUGUCGUUCUCAGCCAAUGCGCCUUCACUUUCCCGCUCAAUCAGCCCACAAGAUCGUAGCUACUGCUUGUAUACUUCCGGUACGACGGGAACCCCAAAGGGCUGCGAGUUGACGCACGAGAACGCUGUUCAAGCAAUGCUCGCAUUUCAACAGCUUUUUUCAGGGCACUGGGAUGACGCCUCUAGAUGGCUCCAAUUCGCCUCUUUCCACUUUGAUGUUUCCGUCUUGGAGCAAUAUUGGAGCUGGUCUGUCGGUAUCAGAGUUGUAUCCGCUCCACGCGACCUGAUUUUUGAAGACUUGCAAGGAAGUAUCCGAAAGCUUGGUAUCACACAUAUCGAUCUGACCCCGAGCUUGGCACGUCUAAUCUAUCCUAAGGACGUUCCGGAUCUUUGCCGUGGAGUCUUCAUCACGGGUGGGGAGCAAUUGCGCCAAGAUAUUUUGGAUGUAUGGGGCCCCAAAGGAGUCAUAUACAACGGUUACGGUCCCACAGAGGCUACAAUUGGCUGCACGAUGUAUCCUAGGGUUCCUGCAAAUGGCAAACCAUCGAAUAUCGGACCUGCGUUCGAUAACGUGGGCUCUUUUGUUCUACAACCUGAGACAGAUAUACCUGUGUUUCGCGGUGCCAUCGGCGAGCUGUGCGUCUCUGGCAAGCUCAUAGGAAAAGGGUACCUCAAUCAACCGGACCUGACGUCGGAGAAGUUCCCGACACUCAACAACUUCAAAGAAAGAGUCUACCGAACAGGAGAUCUUGUCCGCAUUUUGCACGACGGUACUUUUGAUUUCCUUGGAAGAUCUGACGACCAAAUCAAGCUACGAGGUCAGCGUUUGGAGAUUGGUGAGAUCAACUCUGUCAUCAAGCAGAGUGUACGCCAGGUAGAAGACGUAACAACAUUGGUGCUCAAGCACGAAAGACAACAAGGAGAGCAGCUUGUGUCUUACAUUGUUAUAGGAAAGUCAUUACUAAGUAAAGGGGAACCAGAAGUGGUAUCAGGAGCCUCCAGGAUCGUGUCACUGGUCAAAGAGAAGUGCAAGAAUCUAUUGGCAACCUACAUGGUCCCCACUCACAUCAUUCCGAUCACUUCGAUACCGCUGUCAGUAAACAAUAAGGCAGACGGGAAACGGCUACGAGAAAUCUACAACGGCCUAUCUCGCGAAGUAUUGCAGGAGCUUUCUGACACAACAGACUCGAAGCCUUUUUCAAGCACCGAGCGAUUGAUUUUAGACGCCGUAGACUCGAUCGUCAGUGUGAACAGUGAUCUUGCAUCGAGAGACUCCAGCAUCUUCGAGCUUGGUCUAGACUCCAUUACAGUGAUAAGUCUCUCUAUGAAAUUGAAAGAGUCCGGGUUGAGAUACGUCUCGCCUGCAAUCAUCAUGAAGAAUCCAACCGUGGGAAGGCUGGCAAUGGCUCUGAGAAAUACACAAUUUUCGAACGAGGAGAGUGCCGUUCUCGAGGUAGUGCAAUUAAUAGCUGCAACCCAUCACAAAUAUAAGUCUCUUGCCACGAAUCUUCUCGGCGUCAAGACAGAGACUAUAGCGAGCAUUGCUCCUUGCACGCCACUACAACAAGGGAUGAUCUCCAGAGCUUUGAGAGUCGACAACAAGGUUUAUUUCAACACUUUUAUUUUCGAGUUGGCUGCUACAACAGAUAUCAACCGAUUGAAGACAUCGUGGACCAGUGUCUACGGAGAUGUGGAGAUUCUCCGUACUAGGUUUAUGCCUACGGAUGAUGGAUACAUUCAAGUCGUCAUCGAGAAUUGUUCCCUACCAUGCAUUGCGGUGGAUAUCGCUGAUGAUAGCAACCUGGUAACUGCCUUGAAAUCAGAGGCUCGAGCAUGGCGAGAUUGUAACAACGAUAUCAUCGCGAAGCCCUUCCAGAUUACCUUUGCUACGUCAUCAAAACGUACGAUCAUGGCGGUUCACUUCUUCCACGCAAUCUAUGACGGCAACAGUCUAUCAAUGGUCUUCGAGCGCGUUGUGCAAGAGUAUCGACACUAUAAGACCACUACUCGAGGAUUGAGUUUUAAAGAUAUGCUCCCGUAUGGACCUCUACGGAAAGCACCAGGUGCACAGGAUUUCUUUAAAACACAGUAUUCGAAUGCUACACCACAACAAUUUAAGCGCCAGUACAAGAGCUUGCAUACAUUGAAUGCGACGGUCUCAUCAGUAUUCGCGUUAGACGACAGAUAUGAGGAAGUGAGGAAGGCGUUGAGAGUAACAGAUCAAGCCAUCGUUCAGGCAUCCUGGAGUGCAGUACUCCAAAAAAAAUUAUCUGACUCGAUUACUUUAGGCAUCGUUGUCUCAGGAAGGACAUUGGAAUAUCCCGAUGCUGAAUUGACGAUAGGCCCGCUAUUCAACACAAUACCACUCCACAUACAAUUUGACAAUACAUCCACGUGGGCAUAUGUUGUAGAGAGAUGCCACGAGUUCAAUAUGGGCGUCCUCCCAUAUCAGCAUACUCCUCUUCGCGACGUUCUUAAGUGGACAGGCAUGAAUUCUGACAUGACCCCAUUUGAGAAUCUUCUGGUCUUUCAAAAGGAGAGAUUACAGUCUAUUGAAUGGAACCGUAAUGACCUAUGGGAUCUGACUGUUGAAGACACUGAGCCUGAUUAUCCAAUCGCGUUGGAGGUCAUACAGAAGCAAGAUGGGUCACUCCAGGCGACACUGGCUGUGAGGGGUGAGUUUAUAGACUCAGAAGAAGCUAGAGAGCUCCUCGAUCAAUUUCAGGCGGCUGUCAAAUCGUUGGUAAAGUCACCUCAGGAUCUUGUAUCAAACACCGUCGGCCCGUUCAGUUCCAUCACCAAGUCAGUCGAAGUCAACGUGGCGUCGGAUCAUGGCGUCUCAGUAUCACAAACGUUCAAUUGGACUCGGGAGAGCGAAGCUCUACGUUCUGAGCUGGCAGAAAUGACAGGAAUGAGCGCAUCAACUAUCCAGCCAUCCACAUCCAUCUUUGACGUGGGCCUGGAUAGUAUCGACGCCAUUAGUCUAUCAUCCAGGCUACGAAAGCGCGGCUGGUCACUUCCAGUGUCUGCAAUCAUGCGGCAUUUGACGAUCGAGAAGAUAUCAAAUCACUUUUUAGGGACCUCGCAUAGCAAGACGGAUGAUUUAAAUUCUCUGGAAACCAUAAAAGUGAAACAGGAAAAGUUAGAAAAGUACAUGAGAAGUAUUCGGCAGGGUGAGCUCAUCGAGCGUGUUCUUCCAGCAACGCCACUCCAAGAAUCGAUGGUCGCAGAGAUGUUUGCUUCAGAUUUCAAACGGUACUUCAACCAUGACCUGCUUAAGCUAUCACCGAAAGUUGAUGUCGAUCGCUUGAAAACAGCAUGGGCAAAUAUCGUGCAAAGCAGUCCGAUACUUCGAACAACGUUUCAGGUUGUGGAAUCAUCGGAUUUUGACGCCUCCUAUGCUCAAGUCAUCUACUCUUUCGUGGAUCUUAAUUGGCAAGAAUGCAGCACUUCCGACAAAGAUGUGGACGAAAUUAUAGCAGAUAUCUGCUUCGAUGCAGCCUUUAAGGGUUUCAACACGAGUUUAUUACAGCUUAGGCUUAUAACAGUAUCUCAAGAGAGCUAUCUGUUACUCAGUAUAGCACAUGCUCUCUAUGACGGAUGGUCUCUUGGGGUCUUACAUGACCGGGUGAAUGCUGCAUAUAAUGGGAACGUGAUUGAAGACCAACACCAUGAUGAAACGGUGUUUGAGAUAGUCGGGUCUGGUGCUUUGAAUAAUGGCGAUUUCUGGAAGGAGUUCCUCUCCGACACAAAUGCUGCACCAUUUCCAAGGCAGCGUGAUCCAGACAACGGCGGUGAGGAAGACACAAAUCGCCAGGAGUUCCAAAGUGCAUUAUCCCUUGUUAUUGUGCGGGAAGCCUGCAAGAAUCUCGGUGUCUCCCUGCAAACACUCAGUCAGACUUGUUGGGCACUUGUACUCGCAUCCUAUACUCAUAGUCUGGAUGUCACGUUCGGAGUCGUACUAUCUGGUCGGGAUAGCGAGGUUUCGAAUGGCUCCUUAUUUCCGACUAUGAAUACGGUACCAGUACGAUCUAUUAUCCAUGGCACUUGCCAAGACUUACUUCGCUAUAUGCAGAGUAAUAUGGCCAAGAUUAGACCGCAUCAACAUUUCCCACUACGAAAGAUUCAAUCUGUGACUGGAAGGCGUGGUGAAGACUUCUUCAACACCCUGUUCAUAUAUCAGCGUAGACCAGAACGCCAAGGGGCUACAGCAGAACCUCUAUACCAAAGCGUUGGUGGCAAGAGUGAUACAGAAUAUCCUAUUGCUGCCGAGAUGGAGGCUGCCGACGGAAAGAUUUGGUGGCGCUGCGCAUGCCGCAAUGACUACCUGGACAUGGAAGGAGCAGAUACACUCCUACAGCGACUUGAUCACACUCUACAAAUAUUGGUCAGUGAACCCACUUCUUCAGUCUUUCACUUCAGCAACAACGGGAUAUCCGUCUGUGGACUUCCAUCAUUUAAUGAGCAGCAACUAUCACAAGUAGAACAUAUUCAGAGCCUUGCAGAGAGAACAGAAGUGGGCAUUCAAGAACAUUGGACAGAAAAGGAGGAAGUAGUGAGAAAGACAAUCGCUCGAGUUGCUAAAGUAUCUGAGGACGACAUCUUGCGAAGCACAUCAGUCUUCCAGCUCGGUCUGGACUCGAUCAGCGCCAUCAAAGUUGUUUCCCUGUUACGGAGUAGCGGACUGAAAAUCAGCGUCGGCGACUUGCUGAAAGCCGGCUCAUGCAUUCAGAUAGCUCGUAUGGUCUCCACCUCAACCGAAGCUAGAAAGGACAUGACCGGCGAGACAAUGAGGGAUCUUGAAACAGAGUAUCUUGCGCUUUUACGAAAGAAAUACUAUCACAAAAAGGACGAUGUCGACACGUUCUUGCCGGCCACGGCAGGUCAGACUUACAUGUUGGUGGCAUGGAAGAAGUCAGAGGGAUACUCAUUCUACCCAACAUUCCAUUAUAAGCUAUCAGGACAGGUUUCGCUGGAACGGCUCCAGGCCGCCUGGACUGCUCUCGUCGAUGAGCAGCCAAUGCUGCGCACGACCUUUCUCUUGUAUAAGGACCCGACACUAGAUACACCACCGUUCAUCCAAGCAACUUUGAAGAAACGGCCGAGUCUGAUCCGCCCGGGUUACUUAGAGAAAGAUUUUGGUCAGCCUUUUGCUGAUCUUUAUGCGGACAAGUCAGACGAUGGGUGGAUCUUGAGUCUCAAGCUACAUCACGCUCUCUAUGACGGCGUCAGCCUUCCACUCUUACUGGAUCGUCUUAUUGUGCUGUGUCAUAGACCUUCUGUCGGACCCAACCUCAGAUCUCUCAUGUUGGACUUCACAGCUCUUCCUUCCAUUGAUGGCCUCUUGGACCAGCAAAAAGUUUUUUGGAAAUCUUACUUCCAAGACCUUUCAGUGAACCGCGGGCUUUCAACCAAAUCGCCACUUUUACUACUUCAGCCGCGCGAAACGCCAACGAACAGAUUCGAAGUAUACCGAUCACAAACGAUUCGUCAUCUAGAUCUCCGUAAAGUCGCCCAGCGGCAUAGAAUCACACUCCAAAGUAUACUUCUGGCGGCCUAUGCCCGCGUCUAUGCAACAUUCGAUCCCACGAAACCCAGACUCGACGGGGUCACAAUUGGCAUAUACCUGGCCAAUCGCUUCCAUCCCAAGAUGGAGUCACUCCCGUCGGCGACAAUUCCAUCUGUGAAUCUUGUACCCAUCCGAGUCCAUUCUCUGAUGACCGAGUCGCUCAUCGACAGUGCUAUCAGAGUACAUCAAGACCUCCUCGAAAUCGGCUCAUUCCCAAAUGCCGCCACCAGCCUCGCAGAUAUAUAUAACUGGACCGCUGUUCGCGUCGAUACCUUUGUGAAUUUUAUUCGUUUGCCGGGUGCGGAGCCGGGCGAUGAAUCUGGUUCCCUAUCACAUACGGAGGUUGGGGUCGAUCCAGUCCCUCCAUCUCCAUCAAAUGCAAAUGAUCGGACAGGGAAUACUGCGUCUGACACUCCGAUCACAUUAACAUCGCUAGAUGCCGAGUUACGGGAACCACGUACCUGCGUUACAGAGCUGACCGCCGCCGGUCGACAGUCGUUGUCUUCAUUUGAUCGCAUUGAAUCGCGCUACAGUGAUGCAUAUUUGCACGCACUAGACAUUGAGAUUGCUGAGCGAGGGGAUAAAUUGGACAUAGGAGCGUUCUGCCCCGAAGGCAUGAUGACUCUGGAAAAUUUGACGCAGGUAGUGAAAGAAUUGAGGGAAGUGUUAGGGAGAGCGAUGGACUGAACGGUAAAACUUUCCCUUUGAAUGUGACGAGUUGUUUCGCGUUCGUUUUUGUUACACAUGGCGUACGUGUUGAGCGAUUUGGCUUGUUUCAGAAUGUAUCUUACAAGCUUGUGAAUUCAUUCGCGUUACAGGUCACACACACGCAGUAGAGAUGAAGUGCAAUUACCAUGGUUUAAUUUGUGAAAACCGAGCUGAUUGUGAAACAAACAACCUUUGAGAUGUCCUGGCGCAAAGUGACUUGUUAUUGCAAUG